AUUCGGGGGAGGGGAGGCGGCCAUGGUGACGACGGGGGCAGUCUUUUCGUUGACGGACAUGCGGGAGGGCGGGGAGACAGAGCGUGUUGGGGGCACAAGAUGUCGCACGAGGUCUCGCUCUCACCCUCUUAUAGCACAGCCAAUCGUCUGACCGUUCACUUGUACCUGCUAGCUCGAAAGUCCAAAGCUAGCAAGAGCAGGCAAAGCAAGCAAGCAAGCAACCUCUCGUCUGCUGGUCCUCUGCUCGCCCGCACGACAUCAAUCAAGUCUCACUUCCAUAGCCGCCCGCCCCGCUCAACCUCCGGAGACGCCCUCGUCAAGCGCCUUCGGGCGUUCAGGCCACUUGAGUCGCACACAGCCGAAGCGAGGCAACGAGGCGCGGGAACACAGCCAGCCUUCUCCCGCUCUUUCCUUCUUGCGCUAGCUUUCGACGCUACGAGGCCUAAUCGAAGUCUCCCGCUUUGCGUGAGAACGACGAUGGAAGGGUGGACAGAGGACAACAAGAGGGUGAAUCUGCAGAAAGAGAGGCGAAGAUGCCGCGAUAAGAGUCCACGUUGUCGGACUGAUGGCGCUAGUCGCCGCGCCUAGGCGCGUGCGAUUGAGUACGAGAAGGGGUGAAGAGUCGGGCUUUCAAGAGCGCGGUGGGCGUGGUCGGCACGAUGAAGCAGACGAAGGAGAAGAACAAGGAGAUGUAAUCGAUCAGUCUGCACUGACGC